UGUCGACGUCGUGGGGGUGAGACCGAAUCCAGCAAAGUAGGAAACGGGAGGGGAGAAGCUUCUUUUACUUCCGCGCGGCGAUCUCCCGUCCAAACCCACCCAUCCAACCCACCGCCCAAGGUCGCCGCGGAUCUAGCAGCCUCGUCGGAGCGGAGAUGAAGAUCACGGCGCUCGUCGUGCUGAAGCCGUCGGCCGGGGGCGCCGGGGGCUCCUCCUCCAGCGGCGGGCAGGGCUCCGAGGCGCUCGUGCUGGCCAACGCCACGGACGUCAGCCACUUCGGCUUCUUCCAGCGCGGCGCCGCCCGGGAGUUCAUCGUCUUCGUCGCCCGCACCGUCGCCCAGCGCACUCAGCCCGGCCAGCGCCAGUCCGUCCAGCACGAAGAGUACAAGGUCCACUCACACAACAGAAAUGGCCUCUGCGUGGUGGCAUUUAUGGAUGAUCACUAUCCUGUACGAAGUGCAUUUUCUCUUCUGAAUAAGGUACUUGAUGAAUACCAGAAGGCUUUUGGGGAUGCUUGGAAAGCCGCCACAGCAGAUUCCACUCAAGAGUGGCCUUUCCUGAUGGAAGCUUUGACAAAAUUUCAGGAUCCUGCAGAGGCUGACAAGUUAACAAAAAUUCAGAGGGACUUGGAUGAAACAAAAAUUAUCCUACAUAAAACUAUAGAGAAUGUCCUUCAAAGAGGAGAGCGAUUGGAUAGCUUGGUUGAAAAAAGCUCAGACCUGAGUGCUGCUUCACAGAUGUUCUACAAGCAGGCGAAGAAAACAAACAGUUGUUGUACUAUACUUUGAAGCUUGAACUGUGAUCCUCCAAUCUUUCUUGGAAGGCUCCAG